CCAUUGGAGGUGAAUAUUUAUCCAAUUCGAAGGCUGGAGCCUUAUCAACAUUGUUCGAUAUCGGUGGUGUGUUUGGUGGCAUCUUAGCAGGUCACAUUUCUGACAACCUUAAUGCACGGGCAAUCACAGCUGCAAGUUUUAUGUAUUGUGCCAUCCCUGCACUCUUCUUUUACCGAGUUUAUGGGAGCACUUCCCUCUUCUGCAAUGCUGCUCUCAUGAUCAUUACAGGCUUGUUUGUGAAUGGUCCUUAUGCUCUUAUCACAACAGCAGUUUCAGCUGACCUUGGCACCCAUGGCUCCCUGAAGGGGAAUUCCAGGGCCUUGGCUACUGUGACGGGUAUCAUCGACGGAACGGGAUCAAUGGGCGCAGCCAUUGGACCACUCUUGACUGGAUAUCUGUCAACACAAAGCUGGAGUGCAGUAUUCACUAUGCUUAUAGUAGCUGCGCUCAUGUCUGGUCUGUUACUUACGAGGCUUGUGGCGGCUGAGGUUAAGGUGAAAUUGAGGGCGAGGUCUUCUAUGUUGGAGCAAAGUCUAUUAGUCUAAUAUGAUUCACAUUACAGACUUUCACUGGAAGCAUGAUAGUGUUGGAACAAGGAGAGAUUUGGUUGUCAUUUAUUUAGAUGAAUAUUUAAAUUUGUUAAGAGUAUAAAUUAUAGAAUAAAUUCCAAUUCCUUACGUUCUCAAUUUUCUUCUUUCUCUUUGCCUUCGUGUCAAAUGAUACUUGUAUGAAUAUUUGUACUAUAUUUUCUACUGAAAACAUGUUCUGUAAAAGUUCAGUCUGAAAGUCUUACUCAGAUUUCUGCUUUGCUCAAGCUUGUUCUUCGGUUAUUUUCUUGGUCAUGUAGGCAGUGCAAUUAAAGAACAACAAAAGCCAAAUUAGUGGGAUUUAU